UAUUAGGUGUCAAAAAUACAAAAAACAGAAGACAAAGUCGAAGAGAAGACCGGAGUCAUGAUUUUUGACAUCAUUUCCACAUUAUCUUCAGAAAUGCUAUUAAAGUUUCGAAGCAAUUCGAAGUUUCUACCAAUAGCUAUGAUUGGUCGUCCGUUAUGGCGUCUUCCCAUUUCGACCAAUCAGAUUCGUCGAUGGAGGGUAAGAUGCGCAGAGUGGUGGAGUGCAUCAGUUCUCUUCGAAGCUUCGUCCGUUGGCACGUGUCUGCAACAGGUAUCGGCCGACAGCGAAAUAUACCGGAAAGUGCCGAAUAGUGCCGAGCGGUGCCAACCGGUCUUCGCUGGUAAGGAAGGUCUCUGCAUUUGUCUCGCGAACGUCGAAGUGAUAAGACGUGUUGAGAGAAUCUUUCCGCAUAAGUAGUAGAUAUUUGAUGGAUAUUGAUAGGACGCCAUGGCACCUGGG